CCAUAUCAACGAGGACUUGAUCAUUGAGCAGGGCAGGGAGGCCUGCUACUCCUGUGAGGAGUCCUUCAUGACUGAUAAUAAGAUGGUGAUGACUAUGGGCGGCAGACAUUUUUCUGAGGUCAAACUGGCCUUCCAUGUCCCUACUGUAACCUGUGUGGCUGUAAAAGUUCUUCGAAUGAAGAAGAAGAAGAAGAAGAACACCUCGCUUGUUGCCAAGGAAGUCCGCAUCAUGAAAUCUCUCCAGCAUCCGAACAUCAUUAAGUUGUUUCAGGUGGUCCAAUCCAGAGACACCACCUACUUAGUGAUGGAGCACGCAUCACAGGGAGAUCUUCUUCGGCACAUUCUGGAACUGGGGUCCUUACAGGAGAGUGAGGCACGAAGGUUAGUUACCCAGAUUCUCCUUGCAAUGCAGUACUGCCAUGAAAACCAUAUUGUCCAUAGAGACAUUAAGGUCAAUAGCAUACGACUUGACUACAGGGGUAACGCCAAGUUGUGUGAUUUUGGACUUGCUGCUAAAAUGACCCCAGGGCAGAAGCUGAGGGAUUUCUGUGGCACUCUGCUCUACUGUGCCCCGGAACUCUUGGUAGAGAAGGCCUAUGAUGGCUGUGCCGCUGAUACUUGGAGUUUAGGUGUGCUCCACUUCCUCAUGGUGGUCGGGCGCUUUCCCUUCCGGGCUCGCUCUCCUAAAGGUCUGAGGCAUCAGAUCCUGGCUGCAAACUUCACAAUACCUCAGCAUGUUUCCAUAGAUAUUUACAAUGUCAUCGUCAAAAUGCUGAUGAUCAACCCAGACAGGAGGCCCACCAUUGACCAAAUCAUGAGGUGCCCCAUGAUCAGGGAGCACAAUAGGCGUUCACCACUUGUUUCCACACAAAAACGCCCUGGCACCAUGAGCCCUGACACCGUGAGCCCUGACAUUGUCGGCACCAUGACAGUCCUGGGGUAUAAGUCUGAGGAAAUCAUUGAUUCUCUGAGGGACCAAAACUACAACCAGGUGAUGGCCACUUACUUGAUUUUCCAACACCUGUCUCCUGGGGGAGACUGCAGCCAUCAGCAGGUGAAACCCAUGCAGCCAGGCCAUGUCCUCAAACUGGCAGAUCUUCAGGCCUUCCCUGUGCCACUAAGGAGAGCUACUGAGCCUGCUCCCCUGAACUUCACCUUGCCAUCUACGCCCCAGGAGAAGGAAG